UAGUUCCAUCUUUCAUCCACUGUUGCUGUUGUUUGUGUCAUUGAAGAUCCAAUAUUUAUUGAAAUUUUAUUUAUAAGUUUCUAUUGCACUGCACACAUAAACUUGGUGGUAACCAUCAGGAACAUCAAUUUAGCGCUUAACAAUUAUUAUAUAAUGAACAUUUGAUGUACCUAGUGUCAAAAUGAGUAACAAUUUGGAUAAUGAUAGGUCACUUAGUAGCAAAAUGCAUCCAAUAGAUUUAGCGCCUCAAAAAAUAACUAUAGUGAAAAGUGUGAGUAGUGUUUCUAGUUCAGAUAUGAAAAUGACACAUCUGAUUCCGGGUCAAGCUAAAACAACAGGUUCAAGUCAAAUAAUAGCUCAUGCUAGCCCCGGAACGGGAAUGAUGCGGUCAGGGCUUGCACAAAUCAUUGCGUCGAAUGUUGUUUCACAGCCUCAAAUGAUAAUCAGUGGGUCACCUAUUUUACAAGGUGCUCAAAUUGUCAGUCAGGGGUCUCAGCUAAUUGGGCAAGGAUCACAGAUUUCCCAAUCGCAGCUGAUUACAAGUGGUCCCCUUAUAAGUCCUGGGACACAGAUUAUAAGUCAAGGAACUCAGUUGUCUGCACAAGUGUCUAAUGCUAAUACAAGCAAUGUUCAAUCAAGUGUAACCUCAUCUGUGAGUGCAACUCAAGUGUUGAAUGUUGGAAGCCAGCUGGUCAGUGGAACUGGCAACCUGGUGGUGAACUCAUCUGUGCGGACAUUACCUCCUACAGUUAGAGUACUACCUCCAUUGCCUCACCAUAAUAACAGGCCAGCUGUUCUGUCAAGUGUGAAUGUGAGUAGUGCCAGUGGUGUGCUGGUUAGUAAAGGAGUUGGAGUAGGUGUGACAAGCCAUGUGAGCCAUGUACCCCGUGGUCUCGCAGCCGGCGCAUCUCUCGCCGUACGACCAGUCACUCCUGCUUCUAACACCCAAGCAACAGGUGGUGCAUGGUCUGGGGCAUCCCGUGGUCCACGUAGUACACUGGUGUAUGGUCAGAGGGGAGCACGGGCGAGUGCGCCAAGCUCUUCCCCAGCUUCUUCACAACCAACACACUCUACUGUUGUUACCUUACCUACUACAUCUGUACUAACUUCAAGUGGUGUGAUAUCUGCAGCAGGGCGCGGAGCCGCGCCGCGUGCUCCCACGCCGACCCCUGCGACUACCGCGCCAAGACCACUGCCACUACUGCAACGAAACUACCAACCUGCUAAGGUGGUUGGUGUUGCAAGUGUAGGUGUUCGUGGAGUAGUGGGGAACAGUGCUCCGACUCAGUUGUACUACGAAGUACCGCGCGGGUCGCACUCGGCGCACAGCGCGCCGCCCGGGGCGCACGGCCCCCACACGCCGCUGGCCGGACACGUCGGCCCCGCACUGCCGCGCGCACUCGCUCCAUACCUGCACCAAUCGUCAGCGCAGCCCCAGCAGACCCAAGUAACGGUUGUGAAUGCUGUAUCAGCGUCGCCAGAAACCCGCGUCCCGGUGUCCUCCGUCCCAACUCAGGCAGUAUUGCCAAGACCGUCCAUACUUAGGAAAAGAGAUCUCGACGGGUCUCCAAACAAAAACUCUAGUUUUGGUCGGUCAGGCUGGGAGGAUGUACCGGUGGGUGGUUGCGGCGCCGGCUCGGGCGGGUCCACGACCAUCAGCGCGUCAUCUUCUCCCGCGCCUGAUGAUGAGCCAGAACCUCCACGUCCCGACCCUGACCUUAGUCCACGCAAGAAACCUCGGAAACAGAUGUUGAGUAAUGAAGUGAGACAGUGCGAUUAUCAAGGAGAGGAGCCGCCGCCCACUCCACCGCCAGUCUCAUUCAACCCUCCAAAACAUGUGGAAGAUAAACCAAAGUGGAAGAAAAGGAUAAGGAAGGAUGUCCCUGCAGCCAUUAAGGGUCCAUUGUUAAGUUCGAGUUACGUGUGCGGUUGGCGUAGUACUGCGUUGCAUUUCACCCGGCCGUCUGAUGUGCGGCGAAGAGAACCUCGCACUCGGGAUAUCGUUGCGAUAGCCAGCCAGAAACAUGUGCUGACCAGUGCUGAGGGAUGGAAAGUGCAUCAUCUCACUGCGCAAAUGGAUGACUUGAUGUCAUUAGAAUCUGAUGUUGGAGAGCAGUUAGCGGGCCUAUUGCGAGCUCUCGAAACAGCUUCAGGGCGCGCGAUAUCUGCUCUGCAGCCGGGAAUGUCCCAUACGAUACUUGAGUUACUCAAGGGCAACAUUCAAAGAAGUAAAAUAGUAUGUGAAGGAAUACAGGAAGCUCGUGAGGACAUUCUUCGAGUGUUUACACAUAGAAACUUCGUGUCUGAUAUUCUCACCAGACAAGCGGAUAAAAGAUGUUUUAGGAAACAUCGGUCACAGUCGUAGCCGACAGUGGAAUCUCACAUACAAAUAGACAGUAUUUUCUUGUGAUUCUAUAGUCUCAAAUGGACUUAGCCUCACUCAACAUCACUAAACUGUCGUCGGUCGAACAUUUAUAGUGCGGUCAAUUUAGACAUCGGAGGUAAUAAUAGUUUGCAACAUGAUGAAAAUUGGUAGGUUUGUCAAAACACCAUCAUAAAUUGAAUGUAAAAAGGUUUCAUAUCCUCCUUUCCAUCUCCAUCCUCUAUUUCCUCUUCUCCUUUCUCUUGGGUGCAAGUAAAUUACCGCAAUAAUGACAUAACCACACGAAAUUACAUUAAUGAUGGUGUUUUGAACAAUCUUACCAUUUUUCAGCUGGUUGCGAAUGAAUGUAACUUGACUUCUAGUUUUUGGUCUAAUUUGACCGGACUAUUAAUAAAUUGCAUAAUAUUUUUUAUUGUAAAUUAAAUCUAAAAGAGCUGAUAAAAUUUUAUAAAAUAAAGUGAUGCUGGGCAGGGGCUUUAAGUGCAAUAAUAAGGCUUGCACAGGAAUAUUUAAUAAAAUUGAUACUUCCAAGAAUUAUAUUGAGGUUCUAAACUUGUAAAUAGAUUUAAGUGUAUUAUAAGCAAUGAAAAAUAUUUAAGUUGAGAAAAAGAAUGCCUUGAAUGAGUUGUGUUGUUUUGGGACUUAAUUUUGAAAAAUACAUGAUUUAUAAUAAUAUAA